AAGCCCCGCCCUUCGUUCGGCCGCCGCCGCGGCUAAGGCCGUCGCAGCGCAGCGCAGCAAGCGGAUUGGAUGACUGGGUAGGGUUUCUGGAGUCGCGUUUGACUCAUACGUUCCGCGGCGUCGGCGCUUACUGUGUGCGUCAUUUCCGGGCGGCGCGGGUCGGAGUGGGCAACGGCCUGCAGAGCAACAUGCCUAAGUUUUAUUGUGACUACUGCGACACGUACCUCACCCAUGACUCUCCAUCUGUGAGAAAGACACAUUGCAGUGGUAGAAAACACAAAGAGAAUGUGAAAGACUACUAUCAGAAAUGGAUGGAAGAACAGGCUCAGAGCCUGAUCGACAAAACAACCGCUGCAUUUCAACAAGGAAAGAUACCUCCUACUCCAUUCUCUGCUCCUCCUCCUGCAGGGGCAAUGAUCCCACCUCCCCCCAGUCUCCCGGGUCCUCCUCGCCCUGGUAUGAUGCCAGCGCCCCACAUGGGGGGCCCUCCCAUGAUGCCCAUGAUGGGCCCUCCUCCUCCUGGGAUGAUGCCAGUGGGACCUGCUCCUGGAAUGAGGCCACCUAUGGGAGGCCACAUGCCAAUGAUGCCUGGGCCCCCAAUGAUGAGACCUCCUGCCCGUCCCAUGAUGGUGCCCACUCGGCCAGGAAUGACUCGACCGGACAGAUAAGGAGAGACAGGAACCUCUUUAUAUUCAUUUUAUAUUACUUGUUCUACUUCACCAGGAGAUCAUGGUGCUGUGACUCUGGGUGUUUUUUCACAGCAGGACAAGGAAGAUUUGCUUGCCCUUCCUAUCAAAGAGAGAAUAGUUUUUGCAGGGGAGUAGUGGGACAAAAAAAAAAGUAAUUUUCAUUUGUAUUGUGAAAUGUGAAAAUAAAAUUGUCAGCUGUUUUAGUUAAAAA